GUGAGUCGCGAUGUUGGUCGGAUUUUAUAGUCAGGAAUGGUUGAGUUUAACAGCGUGCGCGAUAAGAUGGCAAUAUUAACACAGAAUAGUGUGUAAAUUGAGGACUUCAGUGCAACCGGCCAAAUGAGCUUGCGUGCUUUGUGGAUUAUCUCUCACGAGAAGGGAGAAAAUGUGUCAAUACGGUAUUCAAGGAGGUUUGCUACUGUGGAGCACCGGGCAAAGAGCCUGGCAGGCUCCUCAUAUAUAGCAGUCCCCGAAGAAAACACUGUGCUGCAGCUCCUGCUCACUGAGCUAGGCCUUUCAGACUCAAACAAGUCUUAUGUAGCUCUCAGAGAUGAUUGCCUUCAUCGUCAGCGAUCACCAGCCCUGGAGCUACGUAUGGACGGUCGUGCAAAGGGAAUACUUUGGCCAGUGUUGGCCAUCUCGCAGGGGCCUCUUAUCCUUGCUUGCCUGCCUUUAGUGGAUGCCCCUGCUGAGCCACGGCCACCUCUUGCCAGCCUUCUGUCUGUCUCCCAGGGCCUCACACUCCUGGCAGGUCUGCAGACUUUUCUCCUCAGCUCUGGGGGUAAGCCUGAUAGCGAGGGGCUGGCCUCUCGCCUGGCAAUGUUGCCCUCUGUACUCCUGCAAGUUUGUCCACUUGGCUCACCCCUGGAUGUGCCGCUAUUGGGGGCACCUGCUACACCCACAGUGCCCACUCCCACUGGGAACCAGAAGCAGCCAGCCUGGAAGACAGGGUUCCACCGCGGUCGAGCUGUGGUGAAUGUAGCACUGAUAGAAACCGUACGCUCCAUGCAGUAUGGCAAUCAGAGCAGACAGGACCUGUGGGAUGUUUAUGGCACUGUGACAUGCAAAUGUGAAGUGGAAGGGGUGCUCCCAAAUGUGACGGUCACCCUCACACUGCCACCAAAUGGUUCUCCACUUCAGGAUAUCCUGGUCCAUCCUUGUGUCACGUCACUGGACUCUAGUAUCCUGACUGCCAACAGCGUGGAUAGCUAUGAUGGCUCAGCUUUCUCUGGGCCAUAUAAGUUCCCCUUCUCACCUCCCUUGGAGCCUUUCAGACUAUGCAGCUAUACAUCUCAGGUUCCUGUCCCCCCUAUCCUCGGUUCGUAUCAACUGAAUGAAGAAGAGAGCCAUCUGCAUGUGUCAGUAACCCUCAAACUUCACGAGAGUGUCAAGAACAGCUUUGAGUACUGUGAAGCACACCUGCCGUUCUUUAACAGGGAUCAGAUGGGUGUUGUGGAAGUAAAGGUGAGCUCUGGACAACUGGAUGUCUCAAAGGAGAAGAACCUACUGGUCUGGGGCCUUGGACAAAAGUUCCCUAAAUCUCGUGAGGUCACAAUGGAUGGCAGGAUCAGCUUUUCUGGGCCGACACCCGGACCUACUGACCCCCUCUGCACAGGACUUACAGCCUACGUCAAACUGUAUUUCAAAGUGCCCGACAUGACGCUGUCUGGGUGCUGCGUGGACCAGCAUUCAGUGCAGGUUUAUUCCUCUGCCAAACCACGGAUUGUAACAUCCCGAGAACUUCUGUCCAAAGAGUACUUCAUAUGGAAUUCAAAAGGAACUGCUCCCGUAUCCUCUGGGCAGAUGAUGUUAUAGCAUGGAUACACUGGUGGAAAGCAGCACAGCUAACUAUACUGUAGCAGGAUUGAAGACAUUGCCAAGCAUACACAGUGAUCCAGACAUGACAUGUGGCCCUGUAAAAUGUGUUUGUUACUAUCCCGUUGUUACUGGAGAGCUCACAAAUAAAAAUGUAAAUAGCAGUGAAAGUAAUUUGUAGAUUUGACGUAUUAUCCAACAUUUACAUGUUAAAAACUAAAAAGUUUUUCUUUCACUCAGCACAGUUCAGAAUGUGCAAACCUUGACUGGCAGAAGUAUUGAUUUUGUUGAUGGAUACUUUAAAAAAAAAAACUACCUGCCCCUGUAGUCUAACUUCUUUUAUCCCCCAACCUUCACCCUCCCUCAAAUUUAUCCCAUUUCAGACACAAGGGCCACCCCUUGCUCUGACAGUCCCACUUCAGUGACUCUCCAUCAGCCGGAUAAUUAGCAGCUGGGGCCUUGUCAUCAGCUGUUGCGGGCCUGGAAGAGAGGGGCGGCUGGGCUGUGAAAGGCCAGGCUGCUCUGGCCAGUGUCUUGGCUACAAAAGGCUCCUCAUUUAGAGCUGGCAGGAGGCCUUGCUCCUUCCUAUUCACUCCCCUCCCACCCCCCUUUGACCCUGUCCCCGCCCUGUCAACUAGUGGCUAGUUCAAACACACAACCUCUCCAACCAGACUGUGAUUGAGCGCUGACCCUCUGGCCCUCUGAGACUUUAAAGCAGCCGGCCCCAUUCAGCCAGCAGGACCUGCCUAAUUGGUGAAAAAGUCAAAAGGAUGCAAGUGCUCGGGUCACCUCUUGAGUUUGAUUAGGUGCAUUAACUAAAUUAAUGAAUAACUUAAAGUAUAUGAUUUUGAUCUUUAUUGCUGUAACACAAGUGCCAGAGUAGACCUCCCUUUAUAACCAAUACUUAAUUAUAAAGAAAUGAUUCAAACCGGGGCAUUUAGUUUCUUGUAUCUCACUGUUUACUAUUACUGAACAAACUGAUGAGUUUCAUCCUAACUCUGUUACAUUAGUAGUAUGAAAGCUCCACCUCAGUGUAUGAAGUUGACUGAGUAAGGAGCUGAUGAAGGGUUAAAUCAGAGGAGAUUGUGCCCCACUAUUCCACCGCAGCCAGACUCCUCUGAGUGCCCUUAUUGUCUGCUGUUGGCCUCUUGUGCCCCUUGCUGGUCCAAAUGCUACAUUCUCACGUGGAUUUCCACUCAGAAGGCUGACCAUGACCAAUCCUCUGUCAAUUGGAACCAAUUGCUCACACGGCAUCCUUCACCUUCUUUUUAUGUAGCAGUGCGGAGUGGCAGACACCGAGACCUCUCGGCUCUCCCCCUCCACGAUGAUUGGCUUUAAGGCCCAGUGUGUGUGGCUAGCGAACUGGAAAAGGAGAAGUUUUUUUUUUUUUUUU